AUCUGCCCUCAUGUUUUGAUCACUUCUGCAGACAUGACCGGAGUCUGCAGAAUAUCGCGAAUUUUGGCCACAAAUUCACAUAACUUGGCCCCAUUUUCGAGUGGCAACGUGUUCUCGAUACGCCUCAGCAGCAGGUGCCUCUCCUGCGCCAGGAACAGCAGUUCCCUCGCCUGGAGAAAACGAGCGAUUCUUCUCGCACCCUGCGCUCAAUCAAGUCAGCAAUACCGGUUAUUCCACAAGUCAAACAGCUUCAAUGCGGCUAAAAAGGAUUAUUACCAAAUAUUAGGCGUCGCCCGCAAUUCCAGUCCAAAGGACAUCAAAAAAGCUUAUUAUCAACUAGCCAAAAAGUUCCACCCAGACACAAACAAAGGCGAUCCUGACUCUGGAAAAAAAUUUCAGGAAGUCUCCGAAGCUUACGAGGUUUUAAGUGACGAAACCAAGAGGAAAGAGUAUGACACGUGGGGAUCGACCUCCGAGCAAAUGGGCAUGGGUGGAGGUGGCCCCAGACCAGGAAGAGGGUCGACAGGCAUGGGACAAGGUUAUGGUGGCGGAUGGAACUUUACGUCCAACGUCGAUCCCGAAGAGUUGUUCCGCAAAAUUUUUGGAGAGGCUGGAUUUAAGACUGGCUUUGGCGACUAUGAAGAUUUUGCAGAGUCGCACUUUGGAUAUGGAGCAGCUCAAGAAGUUAUAAUGAAUUUGACAUUCUCGCAAGCUGCACGAGGAGUAAACAAAGACAUUAAUGUGAAUGUCGUCGACACUUGCCCCAAGUGCAGUGGAUCCAAGUGCGAGCUCGGCACAAAAGCCAUCGAGUGUCCAACGUGUAAUGGGUCUGGAAUGGAGACUGUUAGCACUGGUCCUUUUGUGAUGCGAACAACGUGUAGGCAGUGUCAUGGUACUAGGAAGUUCAUUAAAUUCCCUUGCAUUGAAUGCCACGGAAAGGGAAAUACGGUGCAGAGGAAAAGAGUGACAGUUCCAGUACCCGCAGGCAUUGAAGAUGGCCAAACUGUCAGGAUGCCUGUUGGGAAGAAAGAAGUUUUCAUUACCUUCCGUGUUGAAAAGUCUGACUACUUUAGAAGAGAUGGUUCGGACAUUCACACAGACGCAAAUAUUUCCCUCUCACAAGCAGCGCUAGGAGGGACAAUACGUGUGCAAGGCAUUUAUGAAGACCAGACUAUUCAAAUCAUGCCAGGAACCUCUUCGCACACAAGAGUUCGUCUGACAGGCAAAGGCUUGAAGAAAGUUAAUGCAUACGGCUAUGGAGACCACUACAUCCAUUUGAAAAUUAAAAUUCCUCGCAGUCUCAAUCAGAAGCAAAAAGCUUUGCUUUUAGCUUACGCAGAAAUUGAAGACGACACCCCUGGCGUCGUUCACGGAAUCAUGCAACAAAAUGAAGGUGAAAAAAAGAAAGACACUCCCAUGGCAGGAUCAGAGGACCAGCAAGAGGCUUCUAAAGAGGAGGGUGGAUUUUUGAGCAAAAUUAAGAAAGCCAUUUUUGGCUGAGUAAAUGCAAAUUAGUCUUGAGGCCCAAAAACUUGUGUGGACGACUCAAAAGGAAUGGUUUCAAGCGUGCGGGACGCGCUUAACAAGGAGGAUACGAUAAAAUCUGUAGACCCCCAGUCUGACGACGAAGAAACCAAAAGGGAAAAGGUCCCUUAAAAUACCA